CGCCCCACAACCCUUCGUGUCAACCCUUACCCACCCCCCAUCCUCUUCCUCCUCUGAUUCCUUCCAAACUCCAAAGAAACAACAAGAACUCAAAGUAAUCCUCUCAAAGAAGCAGAGCCAUGAGAGCGCUCCUGUUCAGCUGCUUCGCGCCCCGUGCCGACGACUCCCCGGAGCAAGACUCGAAAACACCAACAACUCCGGCAGCAGCAACGACGACGAAGAAGAAGUCGGUGCGGCGCCUGCGGAGCGCGACGGGGCGGCUGCGUUCGCUAUCCCUGGACGACCUGUCCCGGACGCUGGCCUCAUCGGGGCUCCACGCGUUCACGGUCUCCGAGCUCCGGGCGGCCACGCGGGGGUUCUCCGGGUCGAGCGUGAUCGGGGAAGGCGGGUUCGGGCCGGUGUACAAGGGCUUCAUCGACGACCGGAUCCUGCCCGGGUCCGGGCUCGAGCCGCAGCAGGUGGCCGUCAAGUGCCUCGACGCCGAGGGGCCGCAGGGCCACCGCGAGUGGCUCGCCGAGGUCGUCUACCUCGGCAUGCAGCUCCGCCACCCGCACCUCGUGAAGCUCGUGGGUUACUGCUGCCAGGACCAUCACCGGAUCCUGGUCUACGAGUACAUGGCCCGCGGCAGCCUCGAGCACCACCUCUUCAAGAAUCUGCUGUCGAGUUUGCCGUGGGCGACGAGGCUGAAGAUCGCGGUGGGGGCGGCAAAGGGGCUGGCGUUCCUGCACGAGGCGGAGACGCCCGUCAUCUACCGGGACUUCAAGGCCUCCAACAUCCUGCUCGAGUCGGACUACACGGCGAAGCUGUCGGACUUCGGGCUGGCGAAGGAGGGGCCCCAAGGGGACGACACGCACGUGAGCACACGGGUGAUGGGCACGCACGGGUACGCGGCGCCGGAGUACAUCCUGACGGGCCACCUGACGUCGAGGAGCGACGUGUACAGCUACGGGGUGGUGCUGCUGGAGCUGCUGACGGGGCGGCAGAGCGUGGACAGGCGGCGCCGGGGCCGGGAGCAGAACCUGGUGGACUGGGCCAGGCCUUACCUUCGCAGGCCGGACAAGCUGCACCGCGUCAUGGACCCGGGCCUGGAAGGGAGCUACUCCGACAGUGCCGCCGCCAAGGCUGCCAUGGUCGCUUACACUUGCCUUCACAGCGUGCCCAAGUCAAGGCCCAGGAUGAGGGAGGUUGUUGAGCUGCUCGAGCCGUUGUUGGAGAUGCGUGGUGAUGUGCCGGCCGGGACUUUCGUUUACACCGCGCAGCCGUCGGUGAAGAAGGUCCAGGCGCCGGCCGUUGUUGUCGUUGUUGGCGAUGACAAGGCUGAUGGUGGCGGUGAUAGGUGCGUGCUGCCCAGGGGCGCCGGCGGUGAACCGCCGAGGCAGAGCAGGGACAGAGGGGCGUGAUCUAUCCGCGGUGCGUGCUUGUGAUUAUUUUUUGUGUGUGCAAAGACAAGUUGGUGGAAGUGUAUAUAGUGGCGAAGGAGGGAGUGUAAAUCUGUUAUUUGGUUCUUUUUCUUGGUGGUGAUGGUAUGCCUGAUCCCAAGAUCGAAAUGUGCUCCGAGUUUUUCCCAAGGAGAAAAUUAAACGGCGUUGAUUUGCCGUCGAGAAUUGGUACGCCAAUCUAGUAACUUCAACUUCGAUAAAUAGUGCGGACCUUUAUUUUGGCA